ACGUUCCUCGUGUUUUACACGCUGAAAGACCUUUCUGGCUGUUCACACAUGGAAAUAAAAUUUAUUUUUCUCAAUUUGGAAAAUCUUACCACGUCUGACACGGUCUUUAUGGUACUGUUUUUGUUUGUUUUGUUAUCCGUUCGAAAUAAACACAACUGACAGUUCGCCGCUAAUCGCAAACUCAUAUACGCGCCUUUGCAGUGUGAUAGCAUUUUUCUUGCUAUUUGUCUUUUUUGUCAAUUUUACUUUUUAUGUUUCACAUUCAUUCAUAAUUUAAUUUUUGUAGUCAAUUUUAAGCCAGGCAGCAACAUAAUUGGUUUCUAACAUGCACUUUUGUCGUAUUUGCCGUACUGAGAAGAAUCUUAAAUACACUGUGAAAGAGCUCCGAAAGUUUAGUAGAAAACGAUGUAAUGAUGGGUUGCUGUGCACAACGCCUACCUUAGGCAACAUUUGCAAUGAUUGCGAAGAGCGGCUUCAUAACUUCCACAGACUGGACGAGAAUGAAGAUAACGAAGAGAGGAUAAUCGUCGAUGAUGACGACCUGUUGUACAAUUUAUUUUUCGAGAAAGUGGAGCAGCAACGCAUAAUGAAACGUUUAAUGUCCGUUGGCGCAGGCAGUGGUGGGAGUGAUUGGUGUACAUCGACUCUACGUCAACAAACUUUGGUAGCAGCUACAGCUGGUGUAGCUAUUAACAGCGUUGACGAAGUUAUUGAAGUGCUGACGUCGCGCGAGAAUACUCCCUCACCUGCGUUGCCAUUAGCGUCGACACCAAACUCCAUUCUUCAGUCGGAAACAAAUGUAAAGACCUGCCCAUCCCAGAAUGAUGAUCAAAAUACCAGCAGCACCAUUAUGAAUACUAACAUUUCUACCUCAAUCACACCCACUACUAUAAUGAAAAAUGUUGCUUCUCCUAUAAGUGAUAACAUUUCCUCAUAUAAAGUGGUAGCGGUUAUUGACUUAGAUGAUGAUGAGGAGGUACCAUUGACAACAACAGGUAUAGUAAGUAGCUCGAACUUUUUGACUCCGCAAAUAACACCAGAUACAGAUGAAGAAGAAAUUGUAUUCCGCAAAGUCGAUCCCGACGAUAUUAAAAAACCCAAGAAUAAAACAAGAAAACGAAAAAAAUGUCGGAAGGAAAAAUAUCAGCACCGCGAGAUAAAUUUAAUUGCCAGUCUCAGUUUGCUUUCAAGCGACAAUGACUCUGAUGUUGACGUUACUGACCCAGAGUAUAGUCCAGAGAAAGCAAAUAUUACACCAAAACUUACAGAAGAGCAAUGUGUUAGCACAACGCAGAUUUCACCAGAUUUAAAAAGCAGUGAUUUGCCAAAAACACCAUCAACUCAACCAUUAGAAGGAAAUGUUCCACUGAACAACUGUCUGGAUGCUGCCAUUAAGUGUCCAGUCUGUCAGACUGAAUUUGCCACCAGUCAACGACUGAUACAUCACAUGCGGCGCAAGCAUCGUACCUACGAUGGGGAAGUCCUGUCGGAGCGUCCGCGUUGCUCGCAGGACUCUGCAAUGACAAUAAGGUUGCGAUACAUGCAGCGAUAUACGUAUUACGAAUGCCAGCUAUGCGGCUGCAUUGACGCCAUUUUUAAAACCCACAAAGAACAUGUUAUGCAAAAACAUGCUGAAGAAUCUAAAUCAUUAAAUGAUCCAAUGAUGCAGAUACUCAAAUGUCCGAUAUGCAAGGAAAAAUGUGGAGCACAGCACGUGUUGCUCUUGCGGCACUUGCUACAGUCUCAUAAAGCUGCAGAAUGUCGAUCACAUUUUCGCCAAAUUACUCAUGUUCGGAAUUUAUUCUCCAAUUGUGGUGCCAGAAAAGAAAAAGAGUUGCAGCGAACUACACGUAUUUAUCAAAUGAGCAAGAAAAAACAGUACUUCUUCGAGUGCUUACAAUGCCACAAAAUAAUUACAGGCUACUUUAAUUAUCUGAAACAUCAAAGCACACAUACCAAAACAGUUAAUAAGAAGAACAUAGGAGUUGAUAAUUCACAUUCAGAUUCUGUAAUCGCUGCUGUUUCAAGACCAGUAGUAGCACCUGGAAAACCGAAGCAAAAUUGUAUAGAGCCAAAAGUUAAAUUAGAAAAACCGAAGCCUGUCCAAGCUGUAAAAGAAAUUAGCACUAGGAAAAAGUUAGCAUCUCAACAGACUAAUGCACAGAAAAACGCAAAUUCGCAGCCACGUCGCGAACGUAAACUAACUAAAAAAGCUAUCCAAGCAGCACUUGUUAAAGUAAAAGUGAAACCACCACUGAAGCAGUUGCCAACACACCGCUACAAUUGCAAGUUGUGUGCUCAAUCCUUCAAAGGAUUUCAUCGGCUAAACCUGCAUAUAUUGCAGUUACAUACGUCUAAGGAUGGCCAUAUACGAUGUGACAUAUGUCUGUUGCGCUUUGCCGACAGCCAUGAACUAGAGGAGCAUGUGCGAAAACGGCACAUUUUUAAACAGAAGCGCAAAAUUACUGCCAAGGCAAACUGUGCCAAACCACGUCGCCAAUAUUCAUUGUCUAAUCGUAUGGAUAGGGGACCGCCAGAUCCAAAGUUUGACGGAAGAGAAAAUUCGGAAAUUAAAGGCCAAGAAGUUAUGGAAGCUACAUGGCUGCAAGAAUUAUUAGCACUAGCGGACCAAAAGCGAUUAAAUCUUUCCAACAAUGUCAAUAAAAAUAAUAUUAAAAGGUACACUCAGACAAUACCAGAACGAAUAGAAUAUUCAGCCGACCAACAGAAGCUCUCGUCAGAUGAACACCACACGUUUUCCAUGUUUUUUACUUCUCAACAAUGUUUUUAUUGUGCGCAUCUUUUUAGAAAUGUAUCUGAAUUGCAUUCACAUGAAAAGAUGCAUGUAGAGCGGCACGAGGCGCAAAUGUUAAAGAGAUGUCAAAUAGAUAAAUUUCUUUCAAGUUGAGUUAGAGAGAUAGGAGCAACCCAUUUUCGGAUCUUGAACUGUUGGAGACAUGAACUGCGAAAUUGCGAAUUGUUGCAAAGUGCAUUUACUACAUAAAACAUACAUAUUUUCUUUCGAAUAUACACUGCCUCGCAAAAGUUUGGACUCACUUGAAAAGUAGGUUUUUUUUAUAUAGUUAUCCCUUUAAUUACCCCCAUAACAUCACACUGCCACCGCCAAACUUAACUGUUGGCUUUACACAUUGAGGUGAGUGCCGUUCAUUAGAUUUUCGCGGUUUGCUACCAAAAAAUUUCGAAUUUGGACUCAUCGGUCCAUAAAAACAAUUUUCCAUUGUUCAAUAGAUACAUUUUUAUGUUCUUUUGCCCAUUUGAUUCGUUUACGAACGUUUACCGGUCGCAACAAUGGUAUUUUGGUAGCGACCCGUCCAUACAAACGUAAAACGAUUUUUCCAAGUGAGUCUAAACUUUGCAGGACGGUGUACAUACUUAAUUUGUUUAUUAUAACAUAGAGAUCCUUAAUAACCAGAGCUCAUCAAGUUAGAUGUAUGGACAUAUAUCAUAGCUAUUAAUGCAAAAGUGCCAAUUUACCUUUUUUUGUUUAGUAAUGCCUUUUUUUUUUAAUAUUCCUUUACUGUCGUCUCUGAAGCACGCUUUUUUUAACAAAACUCAAAACCAAUCUUAAAAACUACGAGAUUUUUGGUAUCUUAAGAGCCUUUCGUAUAAAAAAUUUAAAAUCUUGUUUGCUUCUGUAAAAUUUUAUAUUCGCCAAAAAGGGCUUUUUGCAUCAAUGAUAUGUUUUUGCAUUACAUACAUAUGUGCAUUUGUAAAGCUUUGGGAAAUUGAGAAAAUCUGAUUGCUGACUGAAAUAUUCACAUAGAUCUUUGUUCAUUUAGUAAUGAAAUGUUUAAACAAAAUUUACUGGAUAAUCUUUAUGUUAACACCAAUGUAAAUAGAAAUUCAUAUAAGACGUUUUCGAUUUGCCAACUACAUGGCAAGUAGCAAACCGUUAAAUUCGAAGCAUUGAUUAAAACAACACCUAACAAUCUAAGCAGUUAUAACUAAACGCGCCUGUGUUCGCUUAUGCUCGCUAGCUAUGUUGUUGUUCUACCAUACAACAUUUUCGUUAGCAGAAAAAUAGCGAAUCGAAAACGGCUUCCCACAUGUAUGUUCAUAAUAGAUUUGUAGCUAAAUACUGUCAAAUCUACAUAGUAAGUUUAUAUACGUACAUACAUACUUAUAUGUAUGCAGCAACAAAGGUACAUCAAUCAGGCAGGUUCUGCUAUUCACUUCCGGCGAAUUUCAACCCCCUUUCGAUUUGAAUUUAAAGUGACUUUCGUUGAAAUUCACUCGGAAGUGAAUUGUAGAACCUGCCUGAAUAUUGAAUAAGUUUAGAACAAGCCUUUUAAUAUUUAAUGGACUUCAGUUUCAUAAAACGAAAUGUUUUUCUAAGAAAUCUGACUGUGUUGUAUACGAGUUAAAUUUUCAUUG